CAAGUGCAGGGGAACAACUGUAGGCCGGCGUUCUACGCUCACAUAACCUCUUUUCUCCCCUUCCUAAACCCUGAUCAUUUUAUUGAAUACUUGCUUCUCUCCCGGUAGUCUUUCCGAGUUCACUCGUAAAAGCUGAAUCCAGCUUGUCAUUCUUAACUUGGGCGAGUCAAAGCUAUGCAAGUCCUCUCAAACGCGCGUCGACUCGCUAGGGUUUUGAAGCCGCCGGUUCUCCUAGGAUCAGCUGCGACUCAUAAAUUGCUCUCAUCCGAUAUUCAAAUCACGUUUUCUCCUCGCACUUCUCAUCAAUGGGAAAGCUACAACUUUUAUUCCUCCGAUUCCCUCUACUUCUCUGGCACUCGUUUGUUAAUGGCGCAACAAGAUAUUUACUCGAGGGCUGCUAAAGCAUCAUUUUCUACCGAAGCUUCUAGUGCUGAGAGCACCCCAACAGAAUCUGUGAAGGAGCUCUAUGAUAAAAUUCUUGAAUCUGUGAAUGUUAAGCGGACUAUGGCUCCAAAUGCUUGGUUGUGGUCUUUGAUUGAAAACUGUAAAAGCAUCGAGGAUGUUAGACUUCUCUUUGACAGUUUGCAUAAUCUCCGGAAAUUUCGGCUUUCGAAUCUUCGUAUCCAUGAAAAUUUUAAUUGUCAUCUUUGCCGUGAAGUUACUAAAGCAUGUGCUAAAGUUGGGGCCAUUGACUUUGGAAAAAAGGCUUUAUGGAAGCAUAAUGUUUAUGGAUUGACUCCUAACAUUGGAUCUGCCAACCAUUUGCUGUCAUACGCUAAGGAACACAAUGAUGUAAGUUUCAUGGUUGAAGUUAUGAAACUGUUGAAAAAGAAUCACAUUCCAUUACAACCUAGUACAGCAGAUAUUGUUUUCAGUAUUUGUUACAAUGCUGGCAAUUGGGAACUGAUAUCGAAGUAUUUGAAAAAGUUUCUCAAGGCUGGAGUGAAACUACGAAAAACUGCAUUUGACAUAUUGAUGGAUUUUGCCAUCAAAAGAGGAGACACUGAAUCACUAUGGCAAAUUGAGGAAUUGAGAUCUGAGUCAACCCAACAGCACACUCUUGUUAGUGGGUUUUCAUGUGCCAAGGGUCUGAUACUAGAACGUAAGAUUGAGGAUGCUGCUGCUGUCAUUCAAAUACUUAAUGAGACUUUAUCCGACACCAAGAAGUCUGGAAUUGUGGUUCAACUUCAGAAACUAGUCAGUGAGUGGCCUUUGGAUGUAGUUAAGCAGCAGCCAGAGGAGAAUAGAAAGGCUGUAGCUGCUGCCUUGAAAACAGACAUACCAGCCGUGGUUGGUCUAUUAAACAUGGGCCUAGAGUUGAAUGUAAACUUGGAAGACCUAACUAGUAAAGCAGAAAUCCCAAGCUGAAUUGUCAAAACAUGUGAGCAUGGUAGUCGUUGAAUGAAAGAAAAACAGCCAUUUCAAUUUUAUGAAAAGCAAUUCAAUAAUCACGUAUUUGCACAAAGAAAUUAUUAAGAAGCCUUGGUAGCAUCCGUUGAUGUUGUAAUAGAAAUACAAAAUAGUGGAGUAACUGUUAUUUGAUUGUAAGUCAUUAGGGCCAAUUAGUUUAAUUUUGUGUCUGAAGUUGACAUUUUCAUGCUUUGAUCUCAAAAAUAGAUAUUGGAAGAGGAAGCUUAUAAGGUAUUUAUUUGAAGUGAGAGAAUUGGAAAUUAUUAGGUACCUGUCUCAAAUCCAUUAUGCGUACCGUUUGUCUCAAGAUUAAAUGUGCCCUCAAUUUCACAUUGAUUUGUGGGUUCCCAAUGGAUCCUAAGGGUGUGGCAACAGAGCAUCCUUGUGUCCUUCGUUGUCAUCCUUGUGUCAUUCGUUGUUAUCCUACUUUCAACAUUUUGGUCGUCUCAUUAUUAUUAUUAUUACUAUUAUUAUAUGGCCGCCUAUUGAGUUGGUUCCACUGUUGUUUUUUUGUUUUUUUAAUGAAUGUAGGAGUAAGGAAAUAUUAUUAGAUAUUUUUUUUUGUUAGAAUUAAGAUUAGGAUGUACAUGAAUUAUAAUUGUUGGAUUUAAGUUAAAAUUAUGACAAUUUUAAUAAGGUUAGAUGAAAGAAUGAUGUCUUCAUUUUUAAUGUAUUAACAACAAUUUAACUAGGUAAAAACAAUUCAUAUUCAUGAAGUUUGGGCAAAACUCCUCUUUUUGGAAGAAGAUUAAGAGGAGAUAUGUCCUUCCAAACAUUUCUCUCCAGAGUCUAGCCAAACGAUGAAACCAAAUGUCAAAUAUGACUUUUCUCUCAAGUGGUUUCCUUUGUUCUACUCAGACAUAGUAUUAAAUAGAUUCAUACUAACUGAUAGGUUAGUAUAUGGACUUCAAAGUUCCCACUUUCUAGGAAAGUUGUUCACACUCAUCAUUGACGAUUCAAACUUCUAGAGAAAACUUAAUUCUGUUUGUUUUUUUGUAAUAUAUAUAUUUACUUCUUUACAUUUUCUAACACUGUAACUUAAAAUAAUUAAUUACUACAAAAUAUUUUAUAGGACACUAAUUUUUUCAAAAGACAAUCAUUUCUCGGUUUUAAGAAUCUUAUUACUAUCACUAAAAUUUUUAUGCAUAAAUUUAUUAACAUUAAGAUGUUUUUUUAUUUUUAAUAUUGCAACAAAACAACGAAAAUUAAGAUAUUUUUUAGAACAUUUUUUUACGUACAAGUAUUUAUAAUUCCUGAAAAAUGAGUCAGCUGAAGUAGUUGAUCAAUGCUAUGGUGAAACAUAAAAUUAACAAACUGCGAACCGAAGUGAGACUAAACUUUGCAUAAGAGAGAGAGCAUACAAACAAAUGUAAAACUAGUAAUUAACUUGUAGUUUAAGGUUUUUCUUUUUUUUUUUUUU